CCAUCGUGGAAAGAACAACAAAUUCUUUUUGGACACAGUUUCAAUUCAAUAAGCUACUCAAUAAUUCCUGUGGAGAACCAAAGUGAUCUCAUUUCAGCCUACAAAGAAAGCUGUGAACAGUCGAACCACAUUAUUCUGAUAAACUGUGGAGGAACUUUGGACAUUGUUGAACACUUAGAACCUUCGGAAGAAAAAGUUUUCUUCAUUGCUGAUUUUCAUCGCCCGUAUGAUGUUUGCAACAUCUAUAAUGGUGGUCAGGUUUGUUUAAAAGCUUGUCAAAAAGAGAUUUUGUUCAACUAUGUGCAAUUUUCUUUUUAUUCUUCAUCGACUGGCCUUAUGUUUGAACUUGCCUGGAAAUUGUCUCGAGACAGCAAUGACUUGUUAUGGUGGGCUAUAAUCGGGGUUGGCGAGCAGCAGCUUCUAGGUAAAGUCGAUUCCAAAACUUCGGUGCUUGACAAUGGCAAAUUACAAAGCCAUAUGAUUCGACUGGCUCAUUUAUCGCAACAUGGAGGAGAUUCGACAGGAACCAAGGACGCACUUCAAAUUACCCACGAAAAAGAUUUAAGUUUGUCAAUGUAUCGGCACUGGAGUUUAUUGGAAAGCUUAAAGUACACUCCUCAAACAGCCAGUCAUUUUCAUCUUUGGACAUUGAAAGGAGAAAAAAAACUCAAUGAGUUUCUAGCGGACUUAGGGCUUCUGCUGUCCCAGUGUCGUCAAAAAUAUAACUCGAUGGAUAUCGAGUUGCGCAAUGAGCUCCGUUCUAUUUUCCAGAAAAAAGUAGAGAAAUAUGACUUAGAGGACGUCAUUAAAUACAGCUUCAAUUCCCAAUAUGGGUUCCGCCCAAAAAAUCCAGCUAGUGACUUAGUGUUCGCCCUUUUAGCUCUGCUAGAUUCAGCCGAAAGGGAUAAGGAUCCAGCCGAUGCAUUUCAUGAUGCACUGGAAUGUCUCUCAAACUCGAAAAUGGACGCCGUUUAUAGAAGAAUAGAAUUGGCCAAGCUGCAGCAAAUAGCAAUUGGAAAAGAAGUUCACGCUUGUCUAGAUAUGGGCCAUGUGAUUAACGCAGGACCUUGUUUAUACGCAGUUAUACAAGACGUAACCAGAAUACUUCGCAGCCGUCGUUGUUUUCAGUUCUCGAAUAAUAUAGAUUUAUCAGCAAGUCGACUGGAAAGAUUUUGGAUCACAUCGCAGCAACCAGUUGUGCUAGUUAUCGUUACAACAAUUGAUUUACGCUCGACUUCCGAAAAAUAA